CAGAAUUGUUAAAUGAAGAACGUUGGAAGACUACUCGUGCGCUGUGCACGUUAGCGACAAGCGUCCAAGUGCUUCUAGCGAAUUAACGUAAAAUGGAAACGGUUGGCACGUCGAAUAUAUGGUUCGUUUGAGAGGGACUUGGCAGAAACGAGCGUCAGUAUGUUGCACAGUUCGCUGCCACGGGCAUUUCUGGCCCCUGGACUGAAUUAUCUGGGCUACUACGGCGACGAGAUUCACCAGCAUUCGUACGGCGCGGCCGCCAGUUGGCACAUUCCUAUGGAGAACACCUCGACCUCCUACUCGAGGGCCCCUGAUCAUCUUCAGACCUGGGACCUGUCCAGAUCGUCCACUCCGUGUCCCCUGGACUUGUCUCUGAAACCUCCGCCAACGCCGAGUACGCCGAAAACCGAGGAUCUGGUCGUCGACACGAAGAAGGAGCAUCAGAGAACGUUGGACGAUGCGCAGAAAGAAUCGGAGAGUACCAGGUACAGAAGGAACAGCGACGAGUCAGGCUCUUCCCUGGUGGUCGACGAUUUCGACGCGCUGCCACGUAGUUCCUCGGUGCACAGUCAUUCCAGUUACGAACUGCUCUCGAAGAAAGAACCGCUAUCGAUCCAGGAAUCGACGGUCAAAGCUUGCAACAACAGCCUGGUGAUGGAAGACGCCACCAAACUGAUCCCCUUUGGCGCAACCUCGAACGAGAUCGCUUCUAAUUAUUACACGCACAAUCAGAAGCUCCUGUUGGCCAGCCCUAGCCAGCUUCAGUCGGUACAAGGCUACCAUCAGCAGCUUCUUCUAACACCGCAGCAUCACCUGCAAGGGAUGCAGCACGCGCCCAUGACACCGCCGAGCACGCCAUCGCCUCCUCAGUGCCCAAGGCGGAAAGUAAGGGACGAAGACUCGAGCCCUGCAUCCACCGCCAGCAACAACGCCGCGUCCAACAGCUCCAGAUCUACUUCCAGCGAGAAGGCACUCCAGAGACCGAAGAAGAAGCACGCCAGACGAUUGAAGUUCGACGAGGACACCAGCAGCCCGGUGUCGGGCACCGUGAUCCUGGGACCUGACGAGGCUGUGGUCACCGGAGACAUCGAUCCGGCGUUCAACAUCGUUGAAGUCACCGAGGAGGCGCGUGCCGAGCUGGCGAAAAUCGAGAACAGGCUCGGCCCCUAUCAGUGCAAGCUCUGCAGGCAACUGCACGACGACGCGUUCCAGCUGGCGCAGCACAGGUGCUCCAGGAUAGCCCACGUCGAGUACAGAUGCCCGGAAUGCGACAAGAGAUUCUCGUGCCCGGCGAACCUGGCCUCGCACAGACGCUGGCACAAGCCAAGGUUGGCCAACGGGGAACACUCGUCGUCCUCGUCGUCCUCGUCGUCGUCGUCGUCGUCGUCUAACGCGAGUAUCGAGAUACCGUGCACCAGGUGCGACGCCAAGUUCACCAGGCAAGCAGCGUUGAGGAAACACCUGGCCAGCCAGCAUCCAGAGGCCGCCAACAACAACAACAACAACAACAACAAUGUGGCGUUGGAGCAGGGAGCUGUUGGUAAGACUGACGUCGUCCCGGUGAUUUCCGAGGGUACGUUAAACUCCGAGAUCGCCUGACACCAGUUCCCCGCGAGACCCUUACCAAGGAGGCCAGGACUCUACUGGAGGUUCGGUCUUGAUUUGUAAAGAUCGAGUCCCCCAGUGGAGGGUUUCUUAUAGAAUUGUUUCUUUUGAAAACUUUUCGAAA